CUCAGGAUUGCCAUGUCUAUAUUUAUUGUCCACAUCUCUCGCUCAGCACCCUACCAACAGCACUGAAAAUGGCUUCAGCGGUUAGCGGUCCUUCCACAAAGCAGGUUCACCCCUUCUACUGUGCAGUUUGCAGUUUGCCCACCGAAUACUGCGAGUUCGGACCAUCAGUUUCAAAGUGCAAGGCAUGGCUUGAAGAGCAGGACAAGGAUGAGUAUGAGAGGGUAUGGGGUGAAGGCGCUUUGGCGAGUCGAAUUGGUACCCUUUCUUUGGACAAGCAGGAGAAGCUCGAAGCGGAUGCGGCCAAGUUGGAGAAGAAAGCUGCUAAGAAGGCUGAAGCCGAAGCCAAAAAGAAGGAACAGACCAAGAUCAUCAUUAAGCGCUCUGAACGCACGAAGCGCAAGCACCAAACACAUAUCCAAAACCUCGAAUUGUUCGGCGUUGACCUCAAAAAGGCUGCCAAACAAUUCGCAGGGAAAUUUGCUACCGGUAGUAGCGUAAGCAAGACACCUCAAGGAGAGGAGGAAAUUGUUAUUCAAGGUGAUGUGGGAGAUGAGAUUGUGGAGAUGAUUAGACAACAGGUGGGAGCGUUGAAGGGUGUACCGGCGGAUCAGAUCACGAGGGUGGAAGUCAAGAAGAAGAAGGAGGCGGAAGAGCCCGCGGCUUAGAUGGUGUAUAUUACUGGCUAUUACUCGCUAUUCAACUUUCAUUUGCAUUUCGAUCUCAAGCAUUCUUGUACCUACACAAGAAUUGGCUACUUCUGGGAUCCAGGCUGUAAAGGGACUGCGGGGGCCAUUGUUUUAAAAUGGACGAUUACACCUUCCAAAACUGC